CACCUUCUUCGUCUUCCAUCCAAAUCAAAAAGAGAAACAGUUCAGAACUUGAAGAGGAAGAAACAAGAAGAAGAGGAAGAAGAAGAAGAUCGAAGAAGAUGAGUUUCUCUAAACUUAUGGCUUCUCUUCUUCUCCUUGCUUCAAUCUCAUUAUCAACCUCUCUCGUCUCCGAUCCAGAAGCUCUUACCGCCUACGAUAUUCUCCAACAGUACGGUUUCCCCGUCGGCAUUCUUCCUAUAGGUGCUACCGGCUAUCAAUUGAACAGAGCCACCGGUGAAUUCAGCCUCUACUUGAGUCAGAAAUGCAAAUUCAAAAUCGAUUCCUAUGAAUUGGAGUAUAAAUCUACCUUACAAGGCGUGAUUUCCAAAGGCAGAAUCAGGAAACUCAAAGGUGUUUCUGUUAAGAUCUUCCUCUUGUGGCUCAGCAUCGUCGAAGUCGUUAACGAUGGUGACGACCUUCAAUUUUCUGUUGGAAUUGCUUCUGCAAAUUUCCCGCUGGACAGUUUCUAUGAGUCGCCGCGGUGUGGAUGUGGAUUUGAUUGCGAUAAUGGCGCUGGGAGCUUGGUUUCGGCUUCUUGAAAUUAGGUGAAACUUGUGUUUAAUAUUAUCAAUUAGGGAAUGUUAGGUUUUCAAUCGCUUUGAUUACUUUAAACUAGUAAUGUCCUCUUGCUUUGAACUUACUUUAUAUGCGAUGUCCGAGAUCGGAUUAGCUCAAUCAUUACAUUCUGUUUAUGUUCAAAUAGAAUUGUAUCGUUCUGUCACUUGAAUCUGCUUCUGAUCGUCGAUUAUAUAUUUAUGGUAUGAACUAUUCUGUCUAUUAGGUCAUCAAUGGCAUCAAUCGCCUUAUCAA